UGCAAGCGGCUUGACGUUGACUCCCAAGCGAGCUGCCUCGUUGAGCCUCGUUGAAGGGCUCAAUGGCCCUUCGUUUUUUCUUACUAUUUCUUCUUUUCUCUUUUUCCUAUUCCCAGUUCAUUUCUACCUCUACUCCAGUCCCACCCUUGCAAUGGCUAAAUCUUACCCCGAGACUAACAGGCACCUCGAAGCCACCACCUUUGAAGGAUGCUUUCAUUGCUUAUGAUCAGACUUCUCACACCGUUAUCAUAUUUGGAGGAGAAUCGCAAAGUGGAUUUCCUUCAUCUGAAACUUACCUUUUGAACCUCAAUACACUCUCCUGGUCGAAACCUGCACCUCCUGCAAACCUUCAGCAAUCACCGUCGGCGAGGAGUGCUCUAGGAAGCAUAUAUGGUCCCGAUUUCGCAGCGAACUCUCGCGGCGCCUUCAUGCUAUAUGGCGGUACAGGCCCUCGGCAAGAGGUCUUGUUGGAUGCCUGGGAAUUUGAUUUUCAGUUCCAGUUUUGGAGCCACGUUCAAGUAACACCUGGUGGACCAGGUGCCGAAUCCGGAAUAGCUGGCGGGCUUGAUACUCGCGGUACAAAUAUUCAAGCAACUAAUAACACUUUCUAUGUAGUCAAGUCCGGCUCUGAUUCGGGGUUGUGGAGAUUCAAUGUUUCCGGCACAUUGGCUUCCAACAUUCCAGAUGGUGUCCUUGGGAGUUGGGAUCACAAACCUCUGGCUAACCUUCCUCCAUUUUCCGAUUCCGCGAGUACUGUAGUGGGCAGCAAAGUCAUCUCAAUAGGUGGUUGUACCAGAUCAGCAAAUGAUUCUUGCGCCUUUAUCGCCGGUGAUGACACCUCAGGACAACCAUCAUUUUCGAAUAUUCCCUCUUGCGCUUCUCCCCGGACUGGGGCCAAGCUCGUUCCGAACUUGAGCACAGCCAGUUCUGGCUUUUCAUCCCAAGUUUUUCUGCUGUUGGGAAAUCUGGACCCCGACUGGAACGACGGCAAUGGACUCGAUCGAGGUGAGGUGGCCGUUCUAGAUAUCAACACCGAAACUUGGUCGCGUCUCAUCCCUUCUGGCGAUCCAGACGCUUCAACGACUAUCCCCGGCUCUCGGGAGGGUGCUGCCGUAUCAGCUUUACAAGGACAAGGAGGGUCUCGUUCGUCGUCAGAUAUCAUUGCUUUCGGCGGUCGUGAUGUUUCUGGGAACUAUUUGGAUGAAGUGUGGAUUUUGAGAGCUUAUGAUGGUGUCGUUUCCUCCUCCUCUUCCCAAUGGGCCGGCUUUGGAGAUGGAAAGCUGCAGAGCGGUUAUGAAGCCGGGGGGACGGGAGUGGUUGUGCAAUACCUGUCAAAAUGUGCGACUCUCAACAGUUCUCCUACAUCAAAUGGAAGCUCUUCUCCCACAAAUACCUCUUCCGGGGGUAAUGGGCCCGGGAUUGGAGGAGGUUCGGAUUCGGAUCCGGUCUCCAAAAAUAGGGUCUUCGACACUUCAGUUUCUCACAAGGUCCUUUCUCCGGUUUCUAUCGUGCUUCUUUUCCUCGCUAUACUGCUACAACGCGCGUCCCAGUCCCACGAAUUCCAAUAUGCGAAUCGACAUAUGGCAUUCAUGUACGCCUGUGGUUUCAUACUUUUCAUCGCAUAUGGACUAGGCAUGGCCGGCUUAGCUACCUCUUUCACGACAAUCUCAAAUCCCGCGCCUUCGCCUUCGUCAUCUUUGAUCCUUAAAACCACCCACAGUCAAGCAGGACUUGGGUUCUUCGUCAUUCUUUAUGGGUUGGUUCCAGGAUUAUACCUGCUGCAACUUCGCACCCGUUUGAUUCCAAGACCUAAAACAAACGAAUCCGAGGCAAAGACCUCCCCAAGGCACAGCGAAGACAAGUCACAUGUUGGCACCAUGUCGCACAACUCGUCGCUGCUCAGCUCAGCUCGGCCUCGUUCUCAGUCAUUUGGCCCCUCCACCGUAUACAGACCUAGCCAUGAUCGCUCUGACGAGAACGACGCUGUCUCUAUGACCUCUUCGGGCCCACAGAGAACUUUUGAAGUGAUGAACCGUCCCAAGCGACGACGACCAAGCGGCGGAGGUUUGGCAAUCAUGUUACAGGAGGCACCCAGGGCGGCUAGCCGAAGUCUCUCUGAGAUUGACUGGCUUCAAAGGCGCCGCAGUCUAAACGCAGUGGGUGAGCUCGACUACGCCAUAAGCCAAGCCAUACGCGUUCAGGAGUAUCCUCCCACACCUGCCACCACUGACGUCCUCGUGGCCAGUGCCCCUGGAAACGACUAUCAACAACCUCCGAUAUUUCCUUCCCCCCUCGAAAUUAUCACUCGAAUAUUUCUGCAGCUUUCGUUGUGUGGGCUAUGCGUCAUUACUCUUAUCGCUCUUUGGUCCGUGCCAUCUUCUAAAGUCUUCUUCGCCCUCUUCCUUGCCUGGACGCUCCUGUCCUACUCCCUCUUCAUCUCACUUGCCUGGCGCGGCCUUCCUCCCAUUUCCAUACUCUCCGUCUUAGUGGCACGUUUACGCGGAAAAACAACUUCCCCUCCACCCUCCGUGUCCCCAACUCCCGAACAAUAUCAAUUUUCCACUGCCAACACACCAACACCUCUCGCUACCUCUCCCGGCUAUCCGUUCCCUGUGAGUGGGUCGGGUCCAUAUAUCCACCACAAUCCACCCCACCGAACAGCCGGUCCCGAGGAUUUUAGCUACGUAAGCCCACGCAGCGUCGAGGACUACGAUGACGCGGACGAGGAUGAAGAUACUAGACAACAACGUAUUGAGGGUGAGAUGGGGAGACGAGAAGUCUCCAUUGUGACGGUACCGAAACGAAAACUAUGGAUUGCAAAUCCGUCAUAG